AUGGUGGAAUUAAAAAAGCGAGUCGAGCGAAUCCCGGAAAACCAAAAGUUCGAGGAAUUCGCCGAAUUCCUCCGCUCUCUGAUCGCCGACGAACAGCCCAACGAAGAGUCGCUGAGGAGAGUUUUCAAUGUGUUCGAUAAGGCAAGUGCAAUAUUAUUGUUUAAAAAAAACCAAUUUUUCAAAAAAAAAAAAAAAAAAUUUUUUUUUUUGAUUUUUCAAGAUGAAUUUAACGCCGUAUUUUACGGUGAUUUCGAAAAAUAAUUUCAUAUUUUUAGCGAAAAAUCAUUUCGUAUUUUAGGAUGCGGACGGAGUUCUGAACGAAAAGGAAUCACGGAAAGCCAAUGCGAAGCUGGUCGAUCAAAUAAACGGGUUAAAGUCGGCCUUUGUUCUGGUCGAUUUUCAAAAUGACUUUGUCGAUGGAUCACUCGGAAUCAAGGUGAAAAUUUUUAAACCUUAUUUUUUUUUGAAAUUUUUGUUUUUGCACUGUGCAUUGUUUUUUUGGGAAUUGCACAGUGCAGUCGAAAAUAUUUUUUGUCGCACAGUGCGAAAAUUUGGUUUCGUUAUUUGGGUGCACGGUGCGGAGAAAAAAAUUUGCGGGCUGCACUGUGCAGUCGAAAAUACUAUUUUAUCGCACGGUGCGAAAAUUUGGUUUUGUUGUUUGGGUGCACGGUGCGGAGAAAAGAAUUUUGUGAGUCGCACUGUGCAGUUUCAAUUUACUUUUUUUAUCGCACGGUGCGAAAAAUUUUUUGUUAUUUGGGUGCACAGUGCGGAGAAAAAAUUUUGCACGGUGCACUGUGCAGUUUCAAUUCGUUUUUUGUUUGCGCGGUGCGAAAUUUUUUUUGUGAUUUGGGUGCACAGUGCGGAGAAAUUUUUUUUUGUCUGCACGGUGCGGAAAAAAUUUUCAUUUUAUGCACCGUGCAGUCUGAAAAUUUUUGAGAUUUUUCCAUUAACUUUCUCUCAAAUUUCAGCACGGCCGAGCGAGACAAGACCCUUACGAUGCGAUCCCCAAGAUCAACAGUCUUCUGGACCGCCACAACGACUUCGAUAUGAUUGUUUACACCUUGGAUUGGCACCCCCAAAACCAUAUUUCCUUCUACGAACACUGUCGAAACAACGAUCGCACCCUCCAAAAAUUCGACCGCCUCCGCAAAUUGAAGCCUUUCGACAUUGUGAGCUUUGAAAAUCCACCACUUCGACAGGUUUUGUACCCAUCCCAUUGCAUGAUCGACUCGUGGGGAGCUGCUUUACAUGACGAUAUCAAACGAGUCGAGCCGGCGAAGUAUGUGACGAAAGGCUCCGAUGUCUAUGUGGACUCAUACUCGGGAUUUGCGGAUAAUACUGGUCAGAAAAAGUGGGUUUUUUGGAGGGGUUUUAUAUUGUUUUAGAGGAUAAAUUAAUGAGAAUUAUCGCUUUUAGAUAUCUUAAAAGGGUCAUAAAUUUUUUUGUGGAUAGUUUAGAGAGCCAGAAAAUAGAGUCCGGCCUGUUUUUUGCUUUUUCGCUAUGAGGGGAACACUUGACCCAAAAUGUGUCAAGUGUUCCUCUCAAUGUAAAAUCAUUUGUAAUGGAGAAAUUGAUCUGUUUUUAACAUGUAUCUUAUCCCCCGAUCAAGAAAAAAAAAUUUUAAUUUUUUACUGGAUACUUUUUGAUACUUUUCAAAAAUCUCCUGGAUACUUUUUGAGGCUUUUUCUCAUAAAAAUCAUUUUUUAUGCUUCUGAUGUUUUUAGAACCGAACUCGAAGGCAUUUUGAAGGAGGAAGCAAUCAACGCGUUGUUUGUUUGCGGAGUUUCGUUGGACAUUUGUGUGGCCUCAACGGCUAGAGACGCGGCCAAACUAAAGUUUUUCACUUGUAUCAUCGAGGACUGCAGGUAAUUUUAGAGGGAAUUUGAGAUCUGUUGCUUGUAGAAAAUUUUAGAAAUAGUUAUUUUUUGAAAAAAUAAUUUUUUUCGUAUUUUAGCAAAGGUUUGAGCGAAGACCAAAUCAAAAAGACCCGCGACGAACUGCGCGGCCGCAAUGUUCCCUACGUCACGUCGGAAGUGGUGAAUAAAUUCCUUGACGAUGGCAAAAUCCCAUGGCUCUGGAUCUGCCACAUGGUCGGACUGGGCGAACGCCGGCAUCGCCGCCACAAACAUCGUCAUCCCAGCCAAAGCCGAAGCAGUUCCGAGGCGUCGGGCGAGGAGGGAGAAGUCCUGAUCAAAGGCCACGGCCCCACACGAGAGCUGUUGAGCGAUAGCGGCCUGAAUGAAGUCUCGAGGAAAAGUUUGAGCGACGAAAAUGGAAAUGAAAAUGGAGAUAAAGAUUAA